GUAAUAUUGCGCUUGAGGGAAAUGAAGAAGUUAGAAGUUCGGUACAACGGCAACUGGGGGAGCAUAUGCUUCCACGUACCUGGAUUCGAUGACAAAGCAGCAAAAGUCGCAUGUCGACAAAUGGGAUUUGGGAAUGGAAAUCUCAGUACAAGUGUGACGUCUGUGAUAGUGGCCAAGCUGACAAUAGUCCUCGGUGAAGUCACCUGCAACGGUGAAGAAGACGACUUCAGUAAAUGCACACUUCAAGUCCCGACCGGUAAUUGUAUGUUUGCUGUGGAGGUGAAUUGCGAAAGUGACCCAGCACUGGAUGGUCUGUUCGAUGUAAGCUUCUUAGGGAGUCCCAACCACGCCCACAGGGGAAUAUUGCACGCCACGAAAGCUGGAGCAACUGGAGCUGUGUGUUACGACAGCGGAUCAGCUGCCACUACAGUUGCCGGAAUCGUCUGCAAACAAAUGGGAUACAGCGGUGUGGAGAAGCAGACUGCGACCAACGCCUCAUCUUACAAUAGUUCCUUUACUGCAACAUGUAUUGGAACUGAACUAACUCUUGCCGCCUGUAACUUAACGCACGGGACUUCCUGCUCCUCAAACAACGCCAUUGAUGUUGAAUGUAAACUGGACUCCGCAUCCCCAUUCGCCGUCCAGCUCUCCCAAUCUUCGAAAGCAGUGGUCGGGGCAAGCAGUGGGACAGUUGAGUUGAAAACGUAUGGUAAAUGGGGCGUGAUCUGUGACACUGGCUGGGAUAUCAGUGCUGCAAACGUCGUCUGUAGACAACUUGGAUUCAAGGGAGCGGUACCGAUCACUGGUUUCCCAACUGACGCCAAAUUCGGUCAAGGAACGGGUACAGUUGUCUGGAACAAUCUGCAGUGCAAUGGCGACGAACAAAGUAUAGCCGAGUGCAAAUAUGUUGAAGUCUUUGGGACGAGUGAGUGCAACUCGGUGAAUGCUUCGGGUGUGAUCUGUUCCAGUGAGGAUUAUGGAGAGCCGAACUCAUGCAUAUUCAACCAUUCAGGAGCUCAUUAUCAUUCGUGGCAACACGUGCCAUCAUUUGAUGACAUCUGCUCUGAUACGACGUUCACGAUCCCUGCGAAUUUUUCUUUCCUCCAAUCUCCGGGGUACCCAAAUAAGUUCAGUUACGAAAGCGGCACAACAUGUUCCUGCACGUCUACAAACCUCACUGCAGCCACAGCGCUAUCCUUGUACAUUUAUCAGAAAAUGUUCACGCAGAACCACGUGGAAUCCUUGACAUUUUAUGACAACGGCUCUCAGAUUCAGUUGUAUGGCGACAAUUCUUCAGCUGGCCCAUGGCCAUUUAACUUCACAAAUACGGAUAACUUCACGAUUCAAUUCCAAUCGAAUAAGAGCGAUGGUGAAGGGAAAUUAAAUAUUCAGAUAAAAGCUACAACAGCAUUAGAGUUUACCUGCACGAAGACAACCAAAGUUACCACGAUAGCAACAACAACAACAACAGCAACAACAAUAACAACAAUAACAAGCUCUACUGGUACGUCUAAGACGGACAAAUCAAUUUGCGAUGAACCGCCUGAUAACGCUGGUCUAAUUGGUGCCGUGACCGCUCCGGUUGUUUUGGUUGUUUUGGCUAUCAUUCUUGGGAUAAUUUUGUGGAAACAUGGUUUCGUCCGUUUUGGCCGGAAAGCUAGGAGUCCUGAUGGGAAUGGGCUCUACGAUGAGACUCACGUACCGACCAUUGGAGAAGGUACCGGGAACGGGGGUCCAGGGAACUACCGUAAUGAUGGAGGGGCGUACGGAAACGUGGGUGAGCCAGUUUAUGUGAACAGCACCUUCGUGGCUGACAUGCCGACAAACACCGGUCAAGAUCCAUCCAGUUGUCCUUCCGAAUAUGAAAAUAUGGUAGAAAUUGCCUUCAAUCAAGAGCGUUAUUCGGGCCACGCCACGCCACUUGCGGAACCAGUGCAAGGUGGUAGAGAUGUUCGAAACCAUGGAAACGGCGCCAACGACUCGACAGGUGCAGAUGAAGCAGAACCCCAGUAUGCUAAGCUUGAACCAGUGAAGCAAUCAGAAUAUGCCGACCUUCGAGGGCUUACUGCUGAACAGUUGAAGCCAAUUUGACUUUUUAUCGGCUGAGUUAGGUUAAGAAACUGCCUGCGUGUGAUAUAUUGUACAGUGUGUUUCACCUUAGGGUGACGUGAUUGGCUCAGUAGUAUUUUGCAUAUGCAAAAUGCCUAAUAAUCUGCUGUCUACUAAGUGAGCAUUUUGCCUUAACAUCCUUAGGGUAACUGAGUGUCGAAAAUUUAAAACUCGGCGAGAGGUGAAAAUCUUAUUAAUUAUUGAAGAACUGUGGGACUUAUCUUGACAUCAUUUGCAGAACCUACGGGUUGCAAAGCGGUUGAAUCCACUACGGAAACGCUUCCCAAUUGGCCCGUACAGAUUCUUUGAACCAAUUGUUCAUUUUCCCAACAUAGGACUGAUUCCACGAAAACGGGAAACCGCCACUGACUUACAAAUCCGGGAGGCACGAUUUUUAAAUUUCAACGAAUCGGCUCUCGUGGAAUCAUUCGCUUUUCUUUAGAUGUACUUUUGCUGUCUAGAAACAAAACAAAAAGGGACUUCAGUGCGCCAUCGCUUUACAGACCACGCGCGUAUGGGCGGAGGUAACGGAGGCGGGAGGCUUUCAAUAUGUCAGUGCCCCUGUUGCAGAUCUAGAGUUAAUGAUAGUAUGGCUGUUAUGGUCUGACACCAUCAAUUGUGUUUAUUUGCCUCUGCCGUUUUGGAUCUAUCGAUCCCCUAAAUCUGUUUCGAGGGGGUCGAGGUUGUCACGAUUUGCACUGAUAACCCUGUGAUAGAGAGUAGAACAAGAGAAAUUUAGACCUAGGUGCGAGUGGGCUUUGUUUUAAGGCAAUAGACCGUGUAUUGGGCAAGGCUUGAAUUCGUUCAACUGCGAAGUAAGGGGCAAAUUAACGUGAUACAGUUUUUUUGUCAUUCCAGUCGCACCAAUAUUUCACCAAGUGUAUAUAUUUAUUUGUA